CCGUUUACUCCAUAAUAAAACCAAGCCACGGAACGCCCUUCUCCGUCUCUCUAGCUCGAGUCGAGGCGUCGUUUGCCGCCAUGGAUGCUGUUUAUCGUUUAACCAUCUUCUCCUCCUAUCCUUCUCUCCCUCUUAACCACAAACCCGAUCCAUCCUUCUAUGCUCGGGUCAUUACGUCGAACGCCUCUCCUUCGUUCGUGGCCGCGCGGCCGCCGCGGCCGCUCACGCACCGGAUCAGCACGGCGUGGACGCGGAGGGCGAAGCCGGAUUCCGGAGCGAGCAAAGAUCGGAUCCAAGAAGAGUAUCCGGGAGCCGAGAAGGAGGGAGAGGACGGUGCCCGCGUUCGCAAAGAGGAGGAGUUGGAGGUAUUGGAGGAGGAGGCGAUAGCGGGGAGGGACGAGGGGCGGGCGCCCACCGACUACGACCGGCGGGCCCACAUCUUCUCGGAGAGCUCCCGGGUGUUCCAGGCGCUCAAGGACCGCAACGGCCAACCCACCACCGAUGAUAGCAAGAAUCGCCGUUCCGAAUAAAGCCGCGAUGGCCCGGACCCAUUCGCCGGCCUCCCCCCUCAAUCUCUUUAUCGAUGGUUAAAAAGGGGUCUGAGGCAGCUACACCGCAGCCGAUGGGCAGGAGGUGGUGGACGGGCCCAGGCCUACCCAAAAAUGAAGAUAUGCAAUUAAAAAAAGGCGAGAAUGAGUAGGAGGAUGUGAUGAAUGUAGUUUUUAGUAUCUUAAUGAUUUUAUAUGAUAGAUAACGAUGUUGUUUGCUUUUUGUUUGAAAGUUGUAAUGAUGUUGUUUCUCAAAGUAUGCAUGUUAAAGAGAUUUUUCUCCCAUGACGGAGAGAGGAAAA